GGGGUCACGUAUGGUGUGUCAAGAUGGCGGAUGCUCUCCCGGAGGAGCUGGAUGUGGUGAUCUUGGGGACAGGUCUGCAAGAGGCCAUUAUUGCAGCUGCCUGUUCCCGAAUCGGCCAGAGAGUUCUUCACGUUGACAGGAGGAAUUAUUAUGGAGGUAACUGGGCCAGUUUUAGCUUUUCUGGAUUGCUUUCUUGGAUUGAGGAAUGCAGAGGACAGACCUCUGGCAAUGCAGAAGUUAGCUGGAAAGACAAGAUACUAGAAGAGGAAGAUGCCAUUCAACUUGGUCAGAUGGAUAAAUCCAUUGAAAAUUUGGAAGUGUUCUGCUUUGUAAGCACAGCUGCAGAGGAAAAUGUUGUUGAAAUAGGAGCACUUGAAAAUAAACAAACUAAUGUGGAUUCCAACACUGCGAUAGAGAAUGCAGUAUUGGGCAGUCAAGAUGAGAAAAAUCAAACAUGUAAAGUUACAAGCAUUGGUGGUGCAGAAUCUCCUCUAGAAAGUCUCGAGGAUCAAGACUCUCCACUCUCAACAAAGGAGGAAGUUUCUUCUGAAAAAAUUCAACAGCAGGACAAACCUUGUCCUGGCUAUGUCCCUUCAUCCACAACCACGGAAAAAAGUCUGGCCACAAAGGAGAUCACUGACAAUAUGCCUUCAGUUGAGGUGGAAGCUGACAAUAAAGACCAAACUACUGAUGCUUCUGCUCAAGAAGUGAAGAAAGAAGCAAAAAAAAUGACUUACUCGCAGAUUGUAAAAGACGGCAGGAAAUUUAACAUUGAUUUGACUUCAAAGUUUCUGUAUUCCCGUGGCUCCUUGGUUGAUCUUCUUAUCAAAUCCAAUGUCAGUCGGUAUGCAGAAUUCAAAAAUAUCACCAGGAUACUUACUUUUCAAGGAGGAAAAGUUGAACAGGUACCAUGUUCCCGAGCAGAUGUCUUUGCCAGCAAACAGCUCACUAUGGUGGAGAAACGAAUGUUAAUGAAGUUUCUUACUUUCUGUUUGGAAUAUGAACAGCACCCAGAUGAAUACAUAGACUUUAAGGACAGUGGAUUUUCGGAUUAUUUGAAGACAAAGAAGUUAACUGCAAAUCUGCAGCACUUUAUUUUACAUUCCAUUGCUAUGGUCUCUGAAAGUGCUUCCACCACAGAAGGUCUCAAGGCAACCCAGCAUUUCCUACAGUGCCUUGGACGCUAUGGGAACACACCAUUCCUUUUUCCCUUAUACGGUGUUGGAGAAAUACCGCAGUGCUUCUGUAGGAUGUCUGCAGUGUUUGGUGGAACAUACUGCUUACGGCAUUCAAUGCAGUGCCUGGUGGUCGAUAGAGAAACAAUGAGGUGUAAAGCUGUAGUUGACAGUAAUGGCCAUCGCAUCAGUUGUGAACACUUUAUUGUGAAUCAUAACUACCUACCUGAGAAACAUACUAAAAAUGUACAAUACAGGUACAUUUCAAGAGGGGUGCUCAUCACAAAUUCUUCUGUCCUGAAGUCCAAUUCUGAGCAGAGGAACACUUGCAGGACAAGGACCAGCAGAAACCCCAACAACUGGGAUAAGCCGCAGAUUUCUAUUUUGACUGUGCCUGCAGUGGAAAAAGAUCAACCUUUUGUACGAAUCAUUGAGCUCUGUCCCUCUUCAAAUACCUGUCCACAAGGCACCUAUCUGGUCCAUUUAACUUGCCUGUCAAAUGGAACUGCCAAAGAAGACUUGGAACCUGUGGUAUCUACACUGUUUACCCAGUACAGUGAAAAUAAAGAAACUGCUUGUCAUGAAUGUGAAAUGGAAGAGAAACCAAGAGUGCUUUGGGCUUUAUAUUUCAAUGUAAGAGAUACAUCAGCAGUUGACAGAAGCACAUACGAAGGCCUUCCUAGUAAUGUAUUUGUCUGUGGUGGACCUGAUGAUGCUCUUGGAUUUGAGCAGUCUGUUACGCAGGCGGAAAAUAUCUUCCAUCAGCUCUGUCCUGGGGAAGAGUUCUGUCCAGCGGCUCCAAAUCCUGAAGACAUUAUCUAUGAUAGUGAUGGUGCGCAACAAGCAAAUGCUGGUUUUGGAGCUCCUACAGAGUCAGAAGCAGCUGAAGUAAAAGAAAAUACAAACCCAGAAUCUGAUCCCACAGAAGAUGGUAACAAUGAAGUGGUAAAAUCAUUGGACAUUAAUGAAAUGGACAGAGAAUCAGCAAUGUCCAACCCUGCCACUCAAACUCUGAAGUGUAGUAAUGGAUCAGAAAUGCCAAAGGAUGCAGAAUAAUAUAUUUUUUUAAAAAUCAAAAUAAUGAUCAAUGUUAUUAUUUCCAAAUUGUAUUGAAACAAACUGAAAAAUACUGUCACUAUAUAUUAUACAGUGGGAUUAUAAAGUGCAGCCUUGACACAAUGCAACAUAAUUGACCAUUCUAAUUCAGCAGACAACUUUUAAAUAACUUACCUAAGCAAAUGCUGCAACACUGCAUAAAGCACUCCUAACAAAUAGAUCUACUUUCAUCCACCAGCUGUUCCUAUUUCCUCUUUCUCUCCCACUCCCCUCCCAAUAAAAGGUCGAGAGAUCCGUUGACACUAAUUAAAGCAAAUAGUUGUCUAUCUUUAGGAUAAAGUCAGGUGAACAAAUGCCAAAAUAAGUUUUGCUAAAAGCACGUGGAUGUUUAAAGACAAAUAAGGUAUAUAAAAUCAAAGCUAUAGCUUGCUUUGCUGAAAUGUUUUUAUCACAGUAAUACUGUAUCCAAAAAAUUGGGCAGAAUUCAUUCAUGAUUAAUCAUGGAAAAUAUUUCUUUUACAAGAAAUGUACAAACCAUUCAACAUUUUGAAAUAUUGUUUACUGGAAAAAAUAUUAAGUGCUAAUGUUAUGUUAUGAAUAUACUUCAGAAAGCAGUGGCAGGUGCAAACAAUUUUCUCAGUGGAAAAUCAAAUAGGUCUGUCAUGAUAUGUGAUGGAACAGCAGAUGUUUUGCAGAUCAAGGUACUAUUUUCCAUGAGUAAUGUAUCCAAUAUCAAAAACAUAUACUGUGCAAUAACCUGUGAAAAUACACCUCAUUUAAUGCUUAUGUAAACAAAAGUGAUUAAAAUGUUGCAGAAAUCA